AAAAAAAUAAGCCGAGUCUAGUUAGAUUAAACUGUCUAUUGCAUAAUCAUUCUUCUAACAUUUGUCCAAUAAACGUGUUGUUAUCUCGGUUGCUGUUGCCCUUGCCGCUACCGUUGAUACUUUUUUUUAUGCCUUCUCAAUUUAUUUUCUUUUUUACUCUUUAAAUAUUUAUAUUUAUGAUUAUAUAUGUAUAUAUAGAUAUUCCACCACUAUCAUCUAACAGUAUUCAAAAUCCCAGACACCAAAAAAAAGACAAAACAAAAUCCAAUUUAAAAUUGUUUCUAGAAUGGAUGAUUUGAAAUUGUAUGGGAAAAGUUUUAAUUCACAAGGCGAUAUGACGACAGGAUUUCAUCAUGAUGGGCUGACAUCAGUUAGAGAACCCACAUGGAAAGGACAAUACUUGCAUUUUAACAGCUUUUGUCCAAGUAGCUUUAAACGGGGUCUAGUCAAGACUCUGUACUAUAGAGCGAGGAGAAUAUGCUCUAUAGAGAAAUUAGAAGAAGAGUUUAUGUUUCUCGAAAAGAUAUUGAAGAGAAAUGUGUAUCCUCAAAAGUUCAUCAACAAGUAUGGAAGAUCUGAAGUCACAAAUGUAAAACAAAUCACAGUGGGUAAAAAGCCAGUCUACGUUCAGCUUGACUAUAAAGGUGAAAAUAUUGCAGCGAUGAUCAACAGAAGGCUGAGUCCAUCACUAGCAAUAGCCUAUCCUGCAGCCAAGCUCGUUCCCGUCUAUCGAACAACUUUCUCUUUGGUGCAAUCAAAAAUCGAUAGAUAUCCUUCGCAUGUUACCUCAAACUGUAUAUACAAAUUUACGUGUAUCUGCGGGAGCAGUUACAUUGGAAGAACAGAAAGAAGGGCAUAUCUACGAUUUUCUGAACACGUAUCAAAACGCUUAUGUCUCAAGGGAACAAAUGCUUUAAACAGUGCCAUCACCAGGCAUCUCCUCGACACAGGUCAUGAGGUGGACGUUGAAAAGUCGUUCAAAAUUAUCAAUAAGCAGAAGAGCUCAAUUCUCCUCAAGUUUGCUGAAGCGAUUUCUAUCAAACGCUUGAAACCAGGUUUAUGUGUUCAGAAAGAAGCAGUUAUUAGUCUUUCCUUGCCUGGGUAACUGGAUGUCUUUUUUUCCCCUCAUCUGAUUACGUAAUCUUUGUCUUUAACCUCACCCUCCUUUUAUAAUCUGUAAUUUUGCUUGUCUCUUGUUUCUAUGAUUUGAGCUCAACUCAGUUCAUUGUUACCUAACUUACUAGUCACUAUGCAUCUAAUGCACAUCUCAUCUUUAUUACGUAACUCCUUUACCAUUUUCUGCAUACGUUUAUUUUGUUUAAACUUGAACUGCCUGUGUGAAAACUAUAUAAGCGUAAUCUUCUGAGCACUGUUUACAAAUUGUGGAAUUUUCUGUCAACUGACAACAUGUAAAAUUUGCAAGUAUGUUAAAACAUGUCUGUACUUAAACCUCAUAAUUUAUUUAGGCUGUAAGCAGCUGAUGAGAAGCCAACGAAAUAGAUGGUGGUACCACAUUAUUCUGCUAAAACUGUAGUUUUUGCUUUGUUAAA